AUGCCAUCGUUGCUCGCUGUCGUUCCGUCGUCAAGCCGGCCCAGUGCCAGAAGCGGCUGUCGCCGGGGGCCCUCGCAGUGCCGCUCGCCGCCUGGGCCGGGCCCGCCGGUCCGUGGAACUCUCCGAGGCCGAGCCAGUCUCAGUGGGCUCCGGCCGACUGGCCGGCCAGCACUACUGCUCCGCACUACUGCUCUCCUCAUCGGCCUGCUCGCCGGCGGAUUCGGCUCGUUUGCCCACGCCGGCUACACCAACCCGUCGGCCUGCCAGCAUUUGGCGCGUCUCCAAGUGCCCGAGGCGUCCGGAAGCUCGUCCGGUUUGCUGCUGCGUCCGUCCGCCUCGGUCGCCUUGGCGACGUCCAACAGUCCCGUCUCGACCGGUGGACAGGCCUCCAAGUCCGACGCGUUCCAGGUGAAUCUGACGGCUCUGCUGGCGGAGCGACUGGGCCUGACGACUGAAGAGUUGUCGGGUGUGUCGGUACACUUGUCCGACGCCGAGGAGAGUCGUCCCUUCGCGGUUGCCCAGCAGCAGCCGGGCGGUUGGCAUCGCCUGUACGCCGCCGAGCCGGUGGAUCGCGAGGCCAUCUGCGAUCCCUUGCGCCAAGUGACGCGAGUGGCAGUGGCUCGAGCCUGUUGUCAGGACACCGAGAACCUGUUGCUGCCCGACGAGUCGAGUCUCGAGGUCGUCGCGAACGCAGGGCCGUCCACGUGUUGCCUCUUCGUGCCGGUGACCGUGGGCUCGAGGGGCACCUACGAUUUGCGAAUCGACAUCCUCGACAUCAACGAUCACGCGCCCGUCUUCCAACUGGCCGCUUUGCCAUUGCCGCCAGUUUCGAGUCCCGCCGGUCGAGCGGGACUCGGGCUUGGGCCGCGAGGACCGGUGAAUUCGCUCACUUUUGAGCAGAUCCCCAGCCGGUCGGAGGUUGGCUCGACCUCCGGUCUCCGGUUGACCGGAGUGCUGGCGUUUCCUGAGAACGCAGUCGCCGGCGAUUGGCUACAACUGCCGGCGGCCGCGGACUCGGACUCGGGCGAGAACAGUCGAAUCGUCUAUCUGCUGGCCAACACGAGGCCGGCGCAUCUUUGGUCACUACAUUUUCGCCUCUUGCAGAAUGUCGCGUCCGAUCUGGCCAGUCUCGUGACCUCGGGCCAGCCGAGCGAAGGUGCGACCGGUGCUGGGUCCGAGUCCGGUACACCAACCGACCACGUGGCUGCUCAGUCGGACUCGUCGCACCCUCUGCUGGGGAGGAUGAUGAGGAUGAGGAUGAUGAUGCUGAUGACGACGGGACCGCGGGCAGACGUUGCGGCGCCUGCCGAGCACGAGGCGAUCGGCGCCUCGACUGGGUCGACCGACCAGCCGACGGGGAUGUACCAGGGUCCCGGGUUGCUGCUGCUGCAACCGGUUGACCGAGCGACGGUGGCUCGAUUCUCGGCGCUGCUGAUUGCCACGGAUCAAGGCCAGCCAGUCCCGCUCUCGGCGACCAUAGGCCUGCAGAUCAGAGUGAGCCCAAGCGGACAUCGCAUUCACACAAAACGGGGUGUCAAGUCGGAAACCGGCUUUUAA